ACUAAAUAUGUCGCCCGAUAUAGUUUUUACGCUAUUUUACAUUCUAAUAAGUUUCGGAUUAAUUUAUCCGCCUAGCGAAUUUCUUAGUGCUGGAUUUACGGUCCAACAGUGGUUCGGUAACUUGUUAGGAUCGGAACCUGAGCACUUUGUCCGAUAUCACAUAAGAAACUCGAUUUUGAAUUUGUUCGUCUACUCCUGCUUGCCCGUCCUGUACGUUAUUUUGCUAUUCGUUUUAGGCUUCGUCGACGAGGUUUCGGAACUUUUCAUUGGCAAUACCAUACUAUGGAGCGUGUUCGCGUCGACGAGUAUUAUUUUGCCGCUAAUGGCGCUCCUUCAGAUCCAAUUUUGGAGAGAAAACAAUUUCGAAAAGCACCCCAUUGUGAUGAAUUUAAAGAAAUUUUGCAACAACAACACACACUGGGAAACGGUGGCUUCAGAGAUAAAUAACGAGUACCGGAGAUUAGAAAAGGUUUGUGUCAGUACCAGCCCCUGGGCGAAAGUUAUAGUCACGGAAAAUUGGGUUUUAAAAGUGACCCCAUUGACGAUGUUCGUUGCCCACCAAAGCGACGCUAGUUUGGUCGUUAAGGAAGCCAGUAACUACCAGGUGUCACACAUGAGCCCCAGCGAAACCCAAUUCCUUAACAUUGAAGUAAAAUCAGGCCGAACGGAUCCUUUUAUCAUUCGGAUCAACGCAACUAGUUUUAAAGAUUUAGAGAACCGCUUAGCAAGAACCAUUAACAUACUCCCAAACGUUAAGUUUCAUAAGUCGGUCGUUGAGCAGUUUGUAGAUGUUUUCAAAGAGGCCAUCAGAAAUAAUCCGCGUUAUGUCGUAAAUAUGGAACUAGAACAAUGCAUAGGGUGUUUGCAGUCCCAGUCCGAAAUCAAACUGAACAAGCUCUGCGAUGACGUUGGCGGACAGCAGGAUAACUGCACCGCUUGUUUCUGCAGGCCCAUGUGGUGCGUAGACUGCAUCGCGAAAUGGUUUGUGUCCAGGCAAGACCCCGAACAGAGGGGCCAGUGGCUCUCGUCGAAGUGCACUUGCCCCAUGUGCAGGGCGACAUUUUGUCUUCUAGACGUGUCGUUGCUGGUAGACGUCGAAAUAUAGCAGUAUGCAAGUUAUACGAGUUUCGAGUCAUUAAGAAACCUAACCUAAAACCGUAAUUUCAUUUAAAAAACUGGUGAUAUUCUUUGGGCUGCAA